AUGUCCUCCAGCAGUGAUUCCAGCCCAGGCAACUGGAUUACAGGCAGCUACACCGGCAACAGCAUCGGCGUCCGCAUCACGAUCGCGACCUUUGUUGGCGUCGCGUGGUACAACGUAGUCGAGUUGAUUGUCCUCAUCUUCCUCACCUUCAAACGAUAUGAGGGUCCCUACUUCUGGAGCAUGCUGGUAUCCAGCGUGGGAAUCCUGCCUUACUCGGUCGGCUAUUUGAUCAAAUUUUUCGGUCUCACUUCCGCGACUUGGUUGCCCGUUACGCUGUUGACCAUCGGAUGGUGGACGAUGGUCACCGGCCAGUCAUUUGUGCUGUAUUCGCGACUGCAUCUUGUCAUUCAGAACAUGCGCGUCUUGCGAUGGGUGAAAACGAUGAUCAUCACCAAUAUUUUCUUGCUGCAUGUGCCAACUACUGUGCUCACUUAUGUUGCCAACUUUUCCAAUUCCCAGACGUCUGUUGAUGGCUAUGAUGUUAUGGAGAAGUUGCAGUUGACUGGUUUCUGUGUGCAGGAGGUCAUUAUCUCUGCUAUGUACAUGUGGGAGACGAAUCGCAUGUUGCGCAUGAAUCAGGAUCAUGUCAGUCGCAAGACUAUCAUGCAGCUGCUUGCUGUCAAUGUUUCUUGUAUCCUCAUGGAUAUCGCGUUGAUGGUGAUUGAGUUUAUGAACUUCUAUAUCUACCAGACUACUCUCAAGGCCACGCUGUACAGUAUCAAGCUGAAGCUUGAGAUUGCCGUCUUGGGUAAACUGGUCAAUAUCGCCCACCAGCAUAUGUGGCGGUCCUCGUCGCUGAAUGGUGCAGGUCACUACCCGUCUUUUGUCGAUCCGAGUCGCGCCCUGGGUGAUUUCCAACAUGCAGACUCGCUGGCUACUGAUUCUAUGGCUACGACUUUGGGCUAUAAGGGACGUACGUCCGGGACUGAAGCCAUGGACACCGAUAUCCGGUGA